AUGAUUAUGAAAAUCAUUUUUCAGGCUAUUCUACUAGCGGAUAUUCUACCAGCAUUAAUUAUUAAAGUAACAGCUCCAUUUUUUAUGCACAAAAUCUUAUAUAAUAUUCGUUUUGUUCUGAUUGUAUUAUUUGCUGCUAGUGCUUUGAUCGUUGUUGGUACUUCAAAUGUAGUUGCUUUUAGUUUAUUCGGUGUUGUUUGUGCAAGCAUCAGUUCAGGUUUUGGUGAAAUUACAAUGUUGCAAUUAACAUCUUUUUAUUCAAAAUAUACAGUCAGUGCAUGGUCAAGUGGUACAGGUGCUGCUGGUUUACUUGGUGCUCUUUCAUAUGCAGGACUAACAAGUCUACUUAAAUUAAGUCCUAAAACUGCUAUUCUUAUUUUACUCUUCAUACCUGUUAUUCAAGUUAUCAGUUACAUAAUGGUCGGAGCUAGUCAAGCUGCUGCAAGACAUCGUCAAUAUCAACAAAUAAGUGAACAUACUAAUCCAGAUGGCAAUGAUGGUAAUGAAAAGAUAAUAAAUGUAAAUCCAACAUGGAAAACUUUUGGUGAUCGUCUUACACUAGUCAAAGUAUACAAUUAA